AGUGUGGAGAUACAUCUGACUCCAUUAUCUGUGCUAUGGGUUCACGACAACAUGAAUAGAUAGAUGUACCAGGGUCUAGAGGAAUAACGAUAAACAAUCUGAAUUCUGCUAAGUAUAACGCGUGUCUCAAUAUUCGAUUACCACAAAUUGGCGGCGAGAACGGGAUAAUUGUUGGUAGGAAUUGUGGUUGGGGUAAAGUUUAGUGGUUGUUUUGUUGGAUUCUGAUUGAGCAGCGGCAGAAUACAAGGUUGUGCAUCGGUGGAUUCUCACCAAUACCUACACGAACUUGUAGUUGAGGGGAAGAAUCGGCUCAAGCAGCCGGAGAUUGGCCCACGUUGCCGGAGAUUGGCCCACGUUGCCGAAGAUUGGCCCACGCUGCCGGGAGAUUGGCCCACGCUGCCGAAGAUUAGCCCUUGUUGCUGGAGGACCACAGAUAUAGGACAGCUAUAAUUCUGGAAUGGAUUCGAGCAAGGUGUUUGCUGGACUGCCACCGUUCGCGUGCAAUGAUGUGCCCAUGUCAGAACGACACAGCAAGUGGCAAACGUGGAAGCGAGGCUUCGAAAUUUGUCUCAGAGCAGGCAAAAUAAACACUGCGUCUGAGAAGAAGGACCUCUUACUAGCGUAUGGAGGAUUUGAGCUACAGGAGGUAUUCUUCGGGAUCCCUGAUGCGGAUGUAGCAGAAACUGAUACGGUAAACCCGUAUGAUGUCGCUAUCGGAAAGUUGGACGAAUUCUUCGCUCCCCAGCGGCACGAGGCUCAUGAGCGCUUUUUAUUCUGGAGUAUGAAGCCGGAGCCAGACGAAUCUCUGGGAAAAUUUAUCAUGAGGACACAAAUGCACGCCAAAAAGUGUAAUUUCGGUGGAACGACCAUCGAGAGCUCAGGUAUAGCUGUGAUCGACAAAACUCUACAGUUUGUACCGGCGCAUUUGCGAGAAAAGCUGCUGCAAGAUACCGAGCUGACUGUAGAUGAAGUUAUCCGGCAAGUAAACGCGUACGAAACUACUAAAUCUGCAAGCCAACAAAUGAGUGGACAGACCAUCGCGCCGACAAUGAAGACGUCCGAGAAUGUACAGCAGAUCAAGGUGAUUUGCAAGUAUUGUGGAAGUCCUCAUGGCCAAGAUCAACAGUGCCCAGCUUGGAAUCGGGUGUGUUCGAACUGCGGUAAGAAAGGCCACUUCCGUCGGGUGUGUUUCUCUCGUGCGGUAUCCCCGAGCCACUCAAGUUUCAACAAGAAUAAUGACCCUGGUGCCCAGCGACCUCUCAAGCGCACAUUUGUCCAAGCUUUCCCUGGAUCCUCGGCUGGACCUUCAGGUGGUCGUAAGCAGUUCCAUCGAAACCCACCGUACCAUCCACGUCGAGUGCAUGCAAUUGAUGAAACACAAAACGCCGAAGAGGAAGUUGAAUUGGUGGAAAUGGUAUCGUCGUCGAAUGACUCUGAGGAAUUGAUUUGGGCCAAGGUUGGAAACGUUAUGAUCGAGAUGCAGAUCGAUUCUGGCGUUCAAUCAAACAUAAUCGACGACAAAACGUGGCGUUAUAUGGAACAGAACCAAGUAGCAGUUGUUGGUGAGCUGAUGAAACCCGAUAAAAAGUUUAAAGCAUAUGCUCAGCACGACUGUCUUGAAGUGGAUUUGAUGUUUGAUGCAGUAAUCAGCAUAACCGAUAGCACGAAACAGCUGAAAACGGUUGCUCGGUUUUACGUAGCUAAGCGAGGACCACAACCGUUACUCGGCAAGGCAACAGCGAAGCAAUUGGGAGUUCUAAGGGUAGGUCUUCCAAGUCGACAUGAACCAGUCCUGCAAAUUGCUACGGUGAAACGGUUCCCUAGUAUUCACGGAGUGAGAUUCACAUACCGAUUGACAAGUCUGUGGAACCAGUGGCUCAACGAUUGCGGCGGCUUCCAUUCUCUUCUCUGACGCGUGUGGAAGAUAAGCUGACAGAGCUCCUCAGCAAAGACAUCAUUGAGAAGGUGGAGGAGCCAAGCCGAUGGGUCUCUCCUUUGGUCGUUGUGCAGAAGGACAGUGGAGACAUCCGGCUCUGCGUGGAUCUCCGGCAGCUUAAUAAGGCUGUGGUGCGCGAGACUCAUCCUCUCCCUACGAUUGAAGAUGUUCGUUGGAGACUGAACGGAGCUGUGUACUUCUCGCGACUGGACAUCAAAGAUGCUUUCCACCAGCUCGAACUAGACGACGAGAGCAAACCGUUGACGACCUUCAUUACGCACAAAGGCCUAUUCAGAUACAAACGCCUUGUUUUUGGAAUUUCUUGCGCUCCAGAAAUUUUUCAAAAAAUCCUGGAGCAAAUUCUUUCAAAGUGCGGCUUUUGCAUCAACUUCAUCGACGAUAUCAUCAUAUUCGGAAAGACCGAACGUGAACACGAUGAAGCUCUUAAGUGUGUUCUAGAAACUCUUAAGGAAUAUGGCAUCGUUCUGAAUCAGGCCAAAUGCGCGUUUAAGCUAACGACAAUCGAUUUUCUUGGCCAUCGUUUUGAUGCUAAGGGCAUGUCUCCGGCUCAAGAUAAGAUUAUUGCUAUUCGCACUUUCCGCCCUCCAUCUACGAAAGAGGAAGUGCGAAGCUUCUUGGGGCUAGUUAACUAUGUCGGCUCAUUCAUUCCGGAUUUGGCAACAAUCUCAUUCCCGCUGCGAGAGCUUAUUAAGGAUAAGUCGGAAUUCAAAUGGGAAGCAAAUGAACAGAACGCGUUCGACCAAAUCAUGGGAUUACUUGGAAAUGUCAAUACGUUAUCCCAUUUUGACCCGAAGCUAAAAACUCGUCUGGUAGCAGAUGCCUCGCCGGUAGGAUUAGGCGCCGUACUUUUGCAGUAUCUAGAGGGGUCACCAAAAGUAGUGGCAUAUGCAAGUAAAAGUCUUACUGAUACCGAACGACGCUACGCUCAGACGGAAAAGGAAGCCUUAGCCCUGGUUUGGGCAGUCGAGCGCUUCCGGAUUUAUCUUUUAGGAAUUCGCUUUGAACUCGAGACUGACCAUAAACCACUGGAGGCCAUUUUCUCCCCUAAUUCAUCGCCAUGUAUCAGGAUCGAACGUUGGGUUUUAAGGAUGCAAGCUUUUUCGUAUGAUGUGGUCUACCGAAAGGGCAAAUCUAACAUCGCAGAUCCCCUGUCUAGAUUGUCACGAGCACCGGAGAGUGAGGCUUUCGACCCCGACUCUGACGUCUACAUACGCAGUGUGAUGGAGGUUGCAGCGGUAGAUAUUGAGGAAUUGGAGAGUGCUUCUGCCACUGACCCAGUACUGUGUGAGCUUCGAGGGUGUUUGAAUCGUGGGAUCUGGAACUACACGUCUGAACUAUUGAAGCCAUUUCAUGCUUUCCGAAACGAACUCGGUACUGUUGGUAAUCUCAUUGUCAGGGGCUCAAGACUGAUUGUGCCAACUAUUUUGCGACCAAGGAUGCUACAGUUGGGGCACGAGGGACAUCCAGGCCGUACUAAAAUGCAGCAACGACUGAGAAGCACAUGUUGGUGGCCAGGUAUGGAUGAGUCGAUAAUCAAAACGGUAGAUUCUUGUGCCGGUUGCCGUAUUGUAAGUCAGGCAGAUCGUCCAGAACCUAUGCAGCGUCGGAAAUUGCCUGAAGCACCGUGGAUUGACCUAGCUAUGGAUUUUCUCGGACCGCUGCCUUCUGGAGACCAUCUUCUGGUAGUGAUCGACUAUUUCAGUCGAUAUAAAGAGGUGGAAGUUUUGAGGAAAAUAACGGCUACUGAAACCAUUGAUCGGCUCGAGAGCAUCUUCACUCGUCUCGGAUAUCCCAGAACAAUUACGCUGGACAAUGGUCGUCAGUUCGUGAGCACUGAAUUCGAACAGUAUUGCAAACAGCGGGGUAUAGUCUUGAACAGAACAACGCCUUAUUGGCCACAAGAGAAUGGCCUCGUGGAGCGACAGAAUCGUUCUCUUGUCAAACGUCUGAAAAUCAGUCAAGCUCUUAAACAAGACUGGAAACGGGAUAUACUUACCUACUUAUCUAUGUACUAUUCUACACCGCAUAGUACGACGGGUAAAACACCUAGUGAAUUGAUGUACGGACGAAAUGUGCGAACAAAAUUACCAUCAUUGGCGGAUUUGGGUACAGCUGUGCCAAGCACUGAUUACAGAGAUCGAGACCACCAGGCUAAAGAGAAGGGAAAGAUAGCUGAAGAUCAUCGACGUGGCGCCAAGCCCUCAAGUUUGGAAAUCGGAGAUAAAGUUCACAUAAAGCGAACCAUACCUGGAAACAAAUUGAGUUCUACCUUUAACAGCGACGUGCUCACGGUUACAGCAAAACGCGGUCCAAGAACAACGAUUCAAAAUGAUGAAACGGGAAAGGUGUACGAAAGGAACUCAAGUCAUCUCAAAAAGAUAAGAAGUGGAAAUGAUAACCAAAAUGAUCUUGGAAGAGCCGACGAGCAAAAUGAGUCCGAGGUACUUCCAGAGGAGCGCCAAGAAGACCCUUUACGCAGUGAUGAUUCUCCUGAGCAAACGUCGACAGACCAGGACGAACCAGCUUCGGAGCAACGUCGAGUACCUCGUUUGACUAGAGUUCCGAACCGAUUCGCUGAUUAUAUUCUUGAUGGUUGACUAUUUUCAUUUAUAUUAUAAGGGAGAUGUGGAGAUACAUCUGACUCCAUUAUCUGUGCUAUGGGUUCACGACAACAUGAAUAGAUAGAUGUACCAGGGUCUAGAGGAAUAACGAUAAACAAUCUGAAUUCUGCUAAGUAUAACGCGUGUCUCAAUAUUCGAUU